AUGGACCAGCGCGUGCAUGAUUUCUUGCGGCCGGGGAGCCGGGACAGGCUGUUUACCAACUUAGAGUGGGUUCGGCGACACAUGGCUGGAGAGGUGGCAUAUUGCUACCUCUGUGGGCAGCCAGAGUCGACGUCAUACGUGUUACGGGACUGCUCUAAUGCGCGCCACCUUUGGGAUACCUUGCUCCCGAGCCCUGCCCGGAGGGAGUUUUUAUCUCAUGAGCUACGAGGGUGGAUAUGGUCUAAUUUCAUGGGAACUUGCAUUGGGGUAAUGGAGGAAUGGACGACCAUUUCUUCCAUUACGUGUUGGCGACUUUGGUAUUGGAGAAACAUGGCCAUAUUUUUUAAUAAGUCUUUUCCACUUGAGGCUAAGAUUCAGGAUAUUAGGCGACGAGUGGAAAGAUUCCUGAACAUUACGUAUGGCUUGGGAGUUGGGAACGCGUCAGGUGGUAGUGGAAGUGGAUAA